AUGUUUCCCAAGUCACUCACCGUUCUGAACUCAAGAUGCGCCCACAAGCAGAGCUGCAGUGUGCUGGCAGCCACGAGUAUGUUCGGGGAUCCCUGCCCCGGAACCCACAAAUAUCUGGAGGCGCACUAUCAGUGCAUCAGUGCCGCCCAGACCUCGACGACAACCAAGAGACCCAGCCCACCGCCGUGGGUUCUCAACAAUGGCCCACCCAUCUUUGGCAAUGGCAGUGGGUUGAUCCACCCGCCUGGCAUUGGCUCGGGAGCUUCGCAACCACCUCCACGACUACCCACGCUGCCCGGCGUGGUGGGUAUAAGUGGAAGUACCGGGCUGUUCAAUGUGCCACCACCACAUACCGCCGUCACUCACUCAACGCCUUCGAGCAGCACGGCUGCCGUGGGCGGUGGAAGAAAUAAGGGUGUGGCUAGCUCCACAACGACUACCAAGCAUCCGGCUGGUCGCCACGAUGGUCUACCGCCGCCUCCACAACUGCAUCAUCAUCACAAUCACCAUGGUGGCGAAGAGUCCGCCGCACCCACCAAGGCCAGUAGCAAACUUCCGGCUGUCGGCAAUGCCACAGCCCCAUCAAAUACCCGCAUCCUUACCGGCGUCGGGGGCUCGGGUACCGACGAUGGAACACUGCUGACCACCAAAAGCUCCCCCAACCGGCCACCGGGAACAGCGACAAAUGGAUCUCCGGUCUCUGGGAAUGGUAGUGUUGUGCGUACCAUUAACAACAUUAAUUUGAAUGCAGCUGGAAUGUCCGGAGCGGAUGAUGAGAGCAAGUUGUUUUGUGGACCAACCAAUGCCCGCAAUCUCUUCUGGAACAUGACCCGCGUGGGCGAUGUGAACGUUCAGCCUUGUCCAGGCGGUGCAGCCGGCAUAGCCAAGUGGCGGUGUGUGCUAAUGAAGAGGGUGCCGGACGCUGGGUUCGAUGAGUACGACGAUGAACCAAGUACCACAACACCCGCGCCCAGUGGCGGCGACUGUCUGCACAACAGCAGCAGCUGCGAGCCGCCAGUGAGCAUGGCCCACAAGGUGAACCAACGUCUGCGCAACUUUGAGCCCACCUGGCAUCCCAUGACCCCCGAUCUGACGCAAUGCCGCAGCAUCUGGUUGAACAAUCUGGAGAUGCGAGUGAACCAACGCGACUCCUCGCUGAUCUCCAUUGCCAACGACAUGUCCGAGGUGACGAGCAGCAAGACGCUCUAUGGCGGCGACAUGUUGGUCACCACGAAGAUCAUUCAAACAGUUUCGGAGAAAAUGAUGCACGACAAGGAAACGUUCCCCGAUCAGCGGCAACGGGAGGCCAUGAUUUCAGAGCUCUUGCUUAAUGUGGUCAAAACGGGAUCCAAUCUUCUGGAUGAAUCGCAGCUAUCCUCCUGGUUGGAUCUCAAUCCGGAGGACCAGAUGCGUGUGGCCACAUCCCUGCUCACAGGACUGGAGUACAACGCCUUUCUGCUGGCCGAUACGAUAAUCAGGGAGCGGAGUGUGGUUCAGAAAGUCAAGAAUAUAUUGUUGACCGUCCGCGUUUUGGAAACAAAGACCAUCCAGUCGAGCGUUGUCUUUCCGGACUCGGAUCAAUGGCCCCUAAGUUCCGACCGGAUUGAGCUUCCACGCGCAGCUCUAAUCGACAACAGUGAAGGCGGCUUGGUGCGCAUUGUAUUUGCCGCCUUUGAUCGCCUGGAGUCCAUCCUUAAACCUAGCUAUGAUCACUUUGAUCUAAAGAGCUCACGCAGUUAUGUUCGCAACACCGCAAUCCUGGCCAAUGACAGUGAUACCAAUGCGGGAGAGAUGCAACAGCGAUUGCGGAUACUCAAUAGUAAGGUGAUCUCGGCCAGCUUGGGCAAGGGGCGACAUAUACAGCUUUCGCAACCCAUAACCCUGACGUUGCAGCAUCUAAAAACGGAAAAUGUGACGAAUCCCACAUGCGUGUUUUGGAACUAUAUUGACCAUGCUUGGUCUGCCAACGGCUGCAGCCUGGAGUCCACGAACCGAACGCACAGCGUGUGCAGUUGCAACCAUCUCACCAACUUUGCCAUUCUCAUGGACGUGGUGGAUGAACAUCAGCACUCGCUGUUCACCAUGUUCGACGGCAACAUGCGCAUCUUCAUCUACAUUAGCAUAGCCAUCUGUGUGGUGUUCAUAGUGAUUGCCCUGCUCACACUGAAGCUGUUUAAUGGGGUCUUUGUGAAGUCUGCCCGAACCUCAAUAUAUACCAGUAUAUACCUCUGCCUGCUGGCCAUCGAGCUGCUAUUUCUUCUGGGCAUUGAACAGACCGAAACAAGCACAUUUUGCGGUUUCAUAACCUGCUUUCUCCACUGUGCCAUCCUAUCCGGCACUGCCUGGUUCUGCUACGAAGCCUUCCAUUCGUACUCCAUCCUCACCUCUGAUGAGCUUCUGCUUGAGGUGGAUCAGACACCCAAGGUCAAUUGCUAUUACCUAUUUUCCUAUGGACUGUCAUUGACUGUGGUCGCUGUCUCGGUGGUCAUCAAUCCCAGCACCUAUACCCAGAGUGACUAUUGUGUAUUGAUGGAAGCAAAUGCUUUGUUUUACGCCACCUUUGUGGCUCCGGUGCUCAUCUUCUUUGUGGCUGCCAUUGGCUACACAUUCCUGUCCUGGAUCAUUAUGUGCCGCAAGAGUCGCACAGGCCUGAAGACCAAGGAGCACACUCGCCUGGCCAGCGUUCGCUUUGACAUCCGCUGCUCCUUUGUGUUUCUGCUGCUACUUAGUGCUGUUUGGUGCUCUGCCUACUUCUACUUGCGUGGAGCCAAGAUGGACGAGGACACAGCCGAUGUGCAUGGCUACUGCUUCAUUUGCUUCAACACCUUGCUGGGACUGUACAUCUUUGUAUUCCAUUGCAUCCAAAACGAGAAGAUCCGACGGGAGUAUCGUAAAUAUGUGCGACAGCAUGCCUGGCUGCCGAAGUGCCUACGCUGCUCGAAGACAUCCAUUUCGUCGGGCAUAGUGGCAGGUGGUGGACCAACUGCUGGAACUCUCUGCAGUGUCUCAACCGCUAAAAAGCCAAAGCUGCCGAUGGGGGCGAUGGGUGAGGAGGGACAUGAUGAACAAAUGCCUCAGACAGGUGUGGCCGCCACCGAGGACAUUAUUAUAGGAGCUAGCUCCGACACCGAACUGAACGAAGCCCAGCAGAGGAGAACGCUCAAGAGCGGACUGAUGACUGGCACAUUGCAGACACCUGCUCAGCCUCUGGGAAACCAAGUGGUGCUCGAAAGGAACAGCACACUGCGAUCUACCGGACAUGCCUCGCCCACCAGCUCGGCCGGGUCCACCCAUCACAUCUUUGCCCACAAGCAGCAACAGCAGCCUCUGGGUGAGUCCUAUUACCACCAGCCGGACUACUACAGCCUGAAGCAGCCUCCCGCCGGCACAGCAGCAUUAAAGGCUCAGCGUGAGUACUUCAACAAUGCUGGAGCUUCCGCCUCGUCGCCGCAGCAAGCGCACGAGGUGUUCUACUGGACACAGAAGCCAAACAGCCAGCAUGGUAAAAAGAAGCGCGGUGCCGGCGGAGUACCCGCUUCUCCCAGCGGAUCCCUGCACAGCCGCAACGCCGCCGUCUCCCAGGUGUUCUAUCCAUCGUACAAAAAGACCAAGCCCGGCCAGCUGGCCGGUUAUCCGCAUUAUGCGGAAGCUCUGGACCCGCCACAAACCACAGGCAAUGCGGCUGCCUACUAUCAACAGCAGCAGCAGCAACAAAUGCGUCGCCAGCAACAGCAGCAGCAACUGUCCUCGGAUGAGGAGCAGAGCGAGCAGCACGCCCACCUGUUGCAUUUACAAAACCAGCAGCAACAGCAGCUGCAACAGCGACGUGCUGGCAGCCAGCAACAGCUCCCCGCUCCGCCGCCGCACAUGGCGCAGUAUCAGCUGGAGUUCAUGCAGCGCCAGCUUAGAAAUAAGCAUUCCAACUGUGAUCUGGGCAUGAACGAUGCCUACUACAACCAGGGCAGUGUCGGCGGUGCGGAUGCCGGGCCGGUGUACGAGGAGAUCCUCAGCAACCGCAACUCGGAUGUGCAGCACUACGAGGUUGGGGACUUCGAUGUGGACGAGGUGUACAACAAUAGCGUUGGCACCGGUGUCUUCAACAACAUGCGAGCGGCUGUAGCCGCUGGCGGAAGUCGCUAUGGCGGCGGUAGCCUCAGCGGCGGCAGUGUCUCGUCCAGAAGCCAACAGCAGCAACAAUUGCAAAAGCAUCUGCAACAGCAGCAGCAACAACAGUCGCUGGCCCAGCAGAGAUCGGGUCGUCGCUGCACGGCUGACGAUGAUGAUGAUGAUGACGAUGAGGAGGAUGAGGAGGCUACUGCUGCAGAGCAGUUGCACGGCAGAUACUGUGAUGAUGAUGAGGAGGAGGAGGAGAGUGAUUUAGAAGACGAUCCGCAUGGAUUGCCGCCCCAGAGCGUUGAGCGAAUGGAACGUUUGAUGGCGAUACAGGACGAGGAGUUCAAGCGGCGGUUUCAAAGUGAACAGCGCAAACGUGGAGCGCCCAUUGAUUAUGGCGCCUUGCCACCAGGAUCAGCGUCACACCCCGAGCACAACGGUGCGGUUUUUGGGGUUAGCGGCGGCGUUGGUGAGGGCUCCAUGCGUGGCGCGUUCCGGCAGCAGCAGCAGCAGCAACAACAGAAUGCCAAGUCGCCAGGCGCCCGUCUGGCGGUGAAUGAGCUAUUCGGUCAGGGCAAUGCCGGACCGCCGCUGCCUCCGGCCAAUCAGACGCCCGCGCAGAAGCGUCAACAGCUACAGAAACUGUCACCGCAGUCCACCACAUCAUCGUCGUCGCAUACAUCACACAGCACCCCCCAUCCGCAUCCAUUAUCCCAUCCGCAUUCGCAUCAGCAUCCCCCGCACCAUCAGCAGCGCCACUUGUCGGCCAUGCUGGACGAGAACAACACGGUUCGAUGUUAUCUGGAGCCACUGGCAAAGUGAGGCGCCCAAGUAACGUAAUACACCCCCGGAACAGUCUUAGGCAAAAAUUGUAGCUUAGGGUCUCUAGCUAUAUAUACCUAGUAUUAGUCGUUAGUCGAAAUAUGGAGCAUUGUGUGAAACAACAUGCUGUCAUGCUAUACGUGCAGUGAUUCGAGAAUCCCAAAACCCUAUGAAUGUAUAUGUAAUAACUCAAACCUAGGACAUACUAAGGAAGAUGGAAGACCGACCACGCGGUGAAUGCUUCUUGGGUGAACAUUUCACUCUCUCAUAAGCAACCCGACACUAAUAUGAAGCAGAGAAAGAGCAGUGCAAGCUUAACCAAAAUAUGAGGGAUGUGCGAUCGGGUACUUCGCUCGACUUGCAUGCAUUAUUUUAUACCAACUCGGAAAUCGAUAUUAAAUAUAAAUGUAUGUACCAUAUAUAUAUGUAUAAUGUGUAUUGUAAUACAUGUCACCACAUGCCAUUUUUAAAAACUUAAUAAUAAUUUAAAGAACAAGCAAGAAUCAAGUAUAUAUACUAUAUAUUUGAGUGUAUAUGUAUAAGAUAUAUGCAAGAACUGUAUGUACAUGAUGGAUAUAUAUAUAUGUAUAUGGAAUGCAGGCGAAUUAUGUUUUAUGUAUUUUGUAAGGAAUCAAUUGUUUUUUGAUUUUUGCUGAUUACGCUCGUAAGAUAAAGCUUAAGAUUUGUUUCGUGUUUCAUAAACCAAAAGAGAAGUUAAGAAAAAUCCCCCGUGGAACCUAUAUUUUUUGUAAUUGAGUUUUUGCUGUCCAACUGCCGAUUUACACACAACACACCUCUCUGAACCAAAUAUUCCUUCCAACUGAAACUGACUAAGAGGCAAGUGUAAAGACUAUUCUUUCAACCACAAAUGAAUAUGUGGUUAAUGCCAUUUUGUUUGUCGCAUUUCUUUUAUGUUUUGUAAGCGAACCAGAGCGACGCAUUUGAAGUGUACAUUUUCAUCAAUAUAUUGAUGCUUUAAGCACACAUAUAGGGGCAUUUAUAUUAUAUUUUUGAAGAUACUGAUUAUACUGAUUGGAAUGCUUUAUUAUUUAUACGAAUAUAACUAAAGAAUUAAUACAUUAAAAGCUAUGUAAAUGUCUUGGAAAAUGCAUGGCAGGCACCAAACGAUAGAGCUGCAUACCUACGGAAAAAAUACCUAUAUAGCAAUGAAAGAUUUCAACCAAACCUCACUUGUUAACUAGGAACUAACUGUAAACUCUUAAAGAACAACACUAGCCAGCUAAAAACACUCAACUGUACUAUCAACUCACACCUUAUCCUAACCCCCGUAUGGCAUUCUCUCUAGAAUUUCACGCAUGUGUACAAAAACCAAAUAAAAAAUAAAGUGCAAAACCAGAAGAUGACACUAUAUGUCGUACAUCAAGUCCAA